CUUGUCUUCUCAACUUUCCCACUGCACUGCUCUGGUCUUUCUUAAAAAAAACAAAGAAGAAGCAUGAACAGCGUGCAGGAGCACACUCCCAUCGACACAAACAGAUGGUCUCUCUCCGGGACAACUGCUCUGGUCACCGGAGGCUCCAAGGGAAUCGGGUAUGCGAUCGUCGAGGAGCUCGCCAGACUUGGAUCGGCAGUGCACACUUGCGCCCGCAACCAAGCAGAUCUGGAGAAGUGCCUGCAACAAUGGCGCGAUUCCAAUCUCAAAGUCACCGGAUCUGUCUGCGACGUUUCCUCCCCGAGCGAGCGAGAGAAGCUCAUGGCGACGGUGAAGUCCCAAUUCGACGGGAAGCUCAACAUUUUGGUUAACAAUGCAGGGACAGCGAUCCUCAAACCGGCGAUGGAGCAAACCCUGGAGGAUUUCAAGUUCUUAAUCAGCACAAACCUUGAAUCGGCGUUCCACUUGAGCCAACUUGCUUACCCUCUCCUUAGGGAUUGUGGAGGCGGCAGUAUUGUGUUCAUCACCUCCAUCGCUGGCAAUAUUGCCCUGGAGGAUUUGUCUGUGUACGCAUCGACCAAAGGAGCAAUGAAUCAACUGGCUAGAAAUCUUGCUUGUGAAUGGGCCAAAGAUAACAUUAGAACAAACAGUGUCGCUCCAGGGUUCAUAAGAACACCACUCAUUGACCCUUUUGUGCAAGAUGAGGAAUUUGUGGCGAGGGAGAAUCAUCGCGUGCCUCUCGGGCGUUUGGGGGAGCCGGAGGAUGUGUCCGGCGUCGUGGCUUCCCUUUGCCUCCCUCCGUCUAGCUACGUGAAUGGUCAGGUCAUCGUCGUCGAUGGAGGUCGAAUUGUGAACGGAAAUCACUAAGUAGCUAUGGAGAUAUCUUUGGAUAAGGUGGGUGGGUGCUUGGAAUUAUGUUCUAAUGAAGAUCUCGAAUAAGAUGGUGUUGAACUCUUCAUUUAAGUUGUUGUACGGAGAAUUUUAUCACUAUAAUCUCUAUGGCAAUAAUUUAAUAUAAAAAUUGGUGUUUCAAAUGUUAUGAAGCCGUUUUUUUUUUCAAUUUUUGAUGAUGCAUAUCAAUGAUAUACCAAGAGAUUAUAAGGAAAGUCAUCCAAAAUAAAGUUCACUUUUGUACUA